AUCCUUUCCAGGAGGUCAGUUAUGGGUGUGAGAGGUUUGCAGGGAUUCGUGGGCAGUACCUGCCCACAUAUAUGCACAGUAGUGAAUUUCAAAGAACUGGCAGAACACCACCGAAGCAAGCAUCCUGGAUGUACUCCUACCAUUGUGGUUGAUGCCAUGUGUUGUCUCAGAUACUGGUACACUCCUGAAUCUUGGAUCUGCGGUGGCCAGUGGCGGGAAUACUUCUCUGCUUUGCGGGAUUUUGUUAAGACUUUUACAGCUGUUGGCAUCAGGUUGAUAUUCUUCUUUGAUGGCACGGUGGAGCAGGAUAAGAGAGAUGAGUGGGUGAAACGAAGACUAAAGAACAACAGGGAGAUCUCCAGGAUUUUCCAUUAUAUCAAGUCACAUAAGGAGCAGCCUGGCAGAAACAUGUUCUUCAUCCCCUCAGGGCUGGCCAUAUUUACACGAUUUGCUUUGAAGAGCCUGGGUCAGGAAACUCUGUGUUCGUUGCAAGAGGCCGACUAUGAGGUGGCAUCUUAUGGCCUCCAGAAUAACUGUCUUGGUAUUCUCGGAGAAGACACCGACUACUUAAUCUAUGAUACCUGUCCCUACUUUUCAAUUAGUGAGCUCUGUCUGGACAGUCUCGAUACUGUCAUGCUCUGUAGAGAGAAGCUCUGUGAGAGUCUAGAUAUCAGCCUGGCAGACCUUCCUCUUCUGGCCUGCUUGCUUGGCAACGAUAUUAUUCCAGAAGGCAUGUUUGAAAGCUUUCGGUACAAGUGCUUGUCUUCCUAUGCCUCUGUAAAGGAGAACUUUGACAAAAAGGGGAACAUCAUCUUAGCUGUAGCAGACCAUAUAUCUAAAGUUCUUCGCUUGCAUCAAGGUGAAAAAAAGCUAGAAGAGAUGUUACCUUUGGGACCAAACAAAGCUCUUUUUUAUAAGGGUGUGGCAUCAUAUCUUUUGCCAGGACAGAAAUCUCCGUGGUUUUUCCAAAAACCUAAGGGUUUAAUAACUUUGGACAAGGAGGUGGGAUCCAUGAGUUCAGACCCUGAAUCCAAGCAAGAAGUUCCCAUGUGUACAGACCCCGAAUCCAAGCAAGGAGUUCCCCUGUGUACAGACCCUGAUUCCAAGCAAGGAAUUCCCAUGUGUACCGACCCUGAAUCCAAGCAAGGAGUUCCCAUGUGUACAGAUCCUGAAUUCAAGCAAGGAGUUCCCAUGUGGACAAAUUCUGAAUCCAAGCAAGGAGUUCCUGUGUGUACAGAUCCUGGGUCUAAACAAGGAGUUCCUGUGUCUACAGACCCUGAUUCCAAGCAAGCAGUUCCCGUGUGUAUAGAUCCUGGCUCCAAGGAAGGAUUCCUCCUGUGUACACAUCCUGAAUUCAAGCAAGGAGAUCCUGUGUGUACACACCCUGAAUCCACGCAAGGAGAUCCUGUGUGUACACACCCUGAAUCCAAGCAAGGAGUUCCCAUGUAUGCAUACUCUGAAUACAGGCAAGGAGUCCCCAUGUGUACACACACUGAAUUCAAGCAAAAAUCACCUCUGGGUGCAGACCCUGAAUUUAAGCUAGAAGCACCUAUAUGUACAAACCCUGGAAUUAAACAAGAAGACCUUGUGAAUAUGGAGCCUGAAAUCAAACAACAAGUAACCAUGGUUUCAGACCCUGAAAUCUUAAAGAUUGCUAGAGCACAUCACGUCCAGGCAGAGAGCUACCUGGUGUACAACAUCAUGAGCAGCGGGGAGAUCGAAUGCAGCAACACCUUGGAGGACGCGCUGGACCAGGCUCUGCCCAGCCAGGCUUUCGUCUACCGCCCCGUGCGCCAGCGCGUUUACUCCCUCCUGCUGGGGGGCGGCGAAGAUGGCGCCAGCACCUGCCCCACUGUCAAGGAGUGGUUUGUGUACUCUGGGAACCCACUGAGGCACCCGGACCUCGUCAGGCCUCUGCAGAUGAACAUUCCAGGGGGAACCCCUAACUUGAAAUUACUGUGGCUGAACCAAGACGCAGGGAUACAAGCCCGGCGCUUGGACGCGCUGCUAGGCUGCUUUGACCUCUCCUCCUCCAGAGAAGAGCUGCAGGCGGUGGAGAAUCCCUUCAAAGCGCUGUGCUGCCUCCUGACCUACCUCUUCGUGCAGGUGGACACGCUUUGCCUGGAGGAUCUGCAUGCUUUCAUUGCUCAGGCCUUGUGCCUCCAAGGAAAACCAACUGUGCAGCUCGUAGACUUACAGAAAAUACAAGGAGAUGGGAUAUUUCCCAACAAGACCGAUAUUACCCUGAUACCAAACCCAGAUAAAUGAAUUACAAAAAGGGAAUACGUCAGACCAAUGUCCCUUGUGAACAUAGACACAGAAAUCCUUAACAAAAUGUUAGAUCAAAUCAAGCAAUGUGUAAAAAGAAGCACACGGACCAAGUGGGAUUGUUUAUUGCAGGGAUGCAUGGCUGAUUCAGAAUUCAAAAAUCUGUCUCUGCAAUUCUCUAAAAUGCUAAUGAAGAAAAAUCACAUGAUCACGUCAGGUAUUCAGAAGAAUAGGCAUAGAGGGGACCUUCUUCACCUCAACAGAGAAUAUCUACAAAAUCCCCUGGAGCUGCUAUCAUGCAUACCAUGGAAGGACUGCAUGUGUCCCCUGUGGUGGUGGAUAAGGCCAGGAGGUCUGCUCACAUCGCCCCUCUGGAGCUCAGGGCUGGCACUUGUGGCCUGUGCACUGAGGCUGGGAAAGGAAGUAAAUGACAUGCAGAUGACUGAGUGAGAAAAAACUAUCCCACUUUGCACAUGACAAGAUUCUCUACAUAGAGAAUCCCAAGGAAUCUACCAAAAAACUCCUAGAGCUAGUGAGAGUUCAGCAAGACCUCAGGCCGAAGACCGACAUAAAAAAAUCUGUGUGCUGAGAAUUAUAAAAUGCUGGUGGAAGAAGUCAAAGGAAACCCAGGUUCGUGGAGAGAGACAUACCAUGCUCAUGGACUGCAAAGCUCUGCACAGUGGAGAGCUCAGUUCUCCAAAUUGAUGGACUGUUUCUAGCAAAAUCCCAGCAAAGGUGUUUUUGUUGUUAUUGAUAUGACAAGAUUAUUUUCAAAUUUAUAUGGAAGAGCAAAGGAACUAAAAUAUAGCCAAAACCGUUUUGAAAAAGAACAAAGCAGGAGGAAUAUAGCUUGUUAACAUAGCUUGUUAUGUAACCACACUGAUCGAGACAGCGUGGAUGGGCUGAAGGAUGGACACAUGGGUCAGUGGAACCGAGCAGAGAACCAAGAAGCAGAACCACAAAGGUACUGCCAGCAGAUUUUGGCAAAGUGCAAAGGUCUUGUCAACAACACGUGCUGCUGGAGUAUUGGACAACCACAGACAGUGGAGUCGUGACCUUAGCCUUACUGUUCAUUCGUGGAAAGUUGAACUCAAGUGGAGCAUUGAGCUAAGUGCGAAGUAUAGCACUAUAAAACUUUCAGGGAAACAGGAAACCUUCGGGAUCUAGGGCUCGGUAGAGAGUUCUUAGGUUUCACAUCAGAAGCAUGGUCCAUAAAAGAAAAUUAAUAAAUUGCACAUCAUCAGAAUUAAAAACUUUUAUCCUGUAAAAAUGAGGAGACACCAAGCUACUGACUGGGAGAAAAAUAUUUGCCAACAUGUCUGACAAAGGGCUUGUAAGUAGGAAAUAAAAGGAGUUUCAAAACUUAGCAGUCAAAAACAAACAGCCCACUUAGAAAGUAGACAAAAGACACAAGUAGACAUUUCACUAAAAAAGAUAUUUGGGUGUGAAAUAUCAAGCAGUUAAAAGUCUUUCAACAUCUUUGAAGCCACAGUGAGGGGCCACUGCGUAUAUAUCAGAGCAGCCAAAACUACGCACGGUGAAGGUGGCAAAGGCUGGCAAGCAUGGCGGUGCUUGGAGGCCAGCUGCACAGUGAUGGGAGCACUGGGAAAAGUUCGUCAGUUCUCUAAAAAGCUAAGCGUGCACUUACCGCGUGCCUCAGCGGUUCCCCUCCUGGGCACUGGUCCCGCAGAAAGGAAGACUUCUGCUCACACGGAACCUGGAUGUGAGCGUUCACAGCAGCUGCGUGUGUGGCAGCAAGAGCUGGAAACGAGAAAUGUCUUUAAAUAGGCGAGCACUCAAACCCCUGGCCCAUCCACACUGUGGGGUGGGACCAGCCAUAAAAGGGAGGGCCUCACACACACAACAGUGUGAGCGAAAAUCAGUGCGUCGUGCUGAGCGAGGAAGCCAGCCCCGCACAGCCACACUCUCAGAGCGAGACAGGGAAACGGAGAGUGGGACAGGCCCCGCCGAGG